CUGCAAGAGUCCAUCGCUCAGGCAAGACCAACCGUGGGCGCCGCUAGGAUGUCUCCGAAAAUCUCCUUCCAUCUGGCCGUCCUUCUGGGAGCGGUUCUACUGCAGUCCGGCGAAGGAACCAGAUACCGGGAUUUCGCAAACAGCCACAUCGAACCUCUGGGACCCAGGAACGAAAAACUCAGCGCCUACUGCUACCGCAUGAUGCGGGAGAGAGGCCUGAGCAGACGCACGUGCAAACCCUCCAACGCCUUCAUCCACAGUAGUGCCAACAGUAUUCAGCUAAUCUGCCGUGGGGCAGGGACCCGGGUGCACCCCUGGCGGAAUAUGUACGACAGCAGGCAGAGUUUCCGUGUCACCACCUGCCACAGUAGAGGCCGUUUCCCUAGAUGCCAUUAUCAAGGUGAGCAACGGAACGGGAGAGUUCGUGUGGGCUGCAGAAACGGGGCGCCUGUUCAGUUCUACAGACUCCGGUAG